AUGCCCUCUGAGAUUCCUGGAACAUGUACUGUUCUCGUAAUUGGUGGUGGUCCCGCUGGCGCAUUUGCGGCUGCCGCUUUGGCAAGAGAGGGCAUUGAUGUCAUCCUUCUUGAGGCUGAUAAUUUUCCUAGAUAUCAUAUCGGAGAGAGUAUGCUCCCAGCCAUGCGGCAUAUGUUCCGUUUCAUCGACGUUGACUCUGCAUUUGACUCCUUCGGGUUUAUUAUAAAGAAUGGUGCCGCGUUCAAGUUGAAUCAGCAUAAUCGCGAAGGAUACACUGACUUUGUCGCUGCUGGCGGACCAAACAACUACUCCUGGAAUGUUCUGCGUUCCGAAUCGGACAAUAUACUUUUCCGUCACGCAGCGGCCAGUGGAGCAAAGGUCUUCGACGGAGUCAAGGUGACUGAGUUAUCCUUUAAACCCGAUGAUGCAUCGCACCUCGGACGCCCGAUCCGUGCUUCAUAUGUGUUCAAGUCGAACAGGGAAACUGGUGACAUCGCGUUUGACUAUAUUGUUGAUGCGACCGGACGAGCUGGCCUGAUGUGCACGAAGUACUUGAAAAACCGGACAUAUAAUCAAUCUCUCAAGAAUAUAGCCAUGUGGGCAUACUGGAAAGGAACAGGAGUGUACGGUAUCGGCACCCCUCGGGAAGGUGCUCCGCUUGCAGAAGCGCUGAUAGACGAAUCUGGAUGGGCAUGGUUUAUACCACUGCACAUCGGAACAUCUGUUGGUAUAGUUAUGGACCAGGAGCUUACAAAUAAGAAGAAGCGUGCGCAUGAUCCACCGUUGUCCGGUUUGGAAUUCUAUUUAGAGCAGCUCCGUCUUGCGCCUACAAUUAUGUCCCUGCUUGGCUCAGCGAACCCAACGAAUAUUGAUGAUGAGCAGAUGGUUAGAUCCGCCAGUGACUAUAGUUACUCCUCAAGUUGCUAUUCUGGUCCAGGAUUUCGCAUCGCUGGAGAUGCUGGUGCUUUCAUCGAUCCGUUCUUCUCGUCAGGGGUCCAUCUUGCCCUCAUUGGAGGUUUGACGGCUGCUCUUACAAUUUGCGCUUCGAUUCGUGGCGACUGCACCGAAAGUGAAGCUGCAGAUUGGCACUCAAAGAAAAUAGGCUCGAGCUUCACUUGGUUCCUCAUGGUGGUUCUUGGCGCAUAUAAGCAGAUGAAGUCACAACGUGAUGCUGUCUUAACGGAUAUUAAUGAGGACAAUUUUGAUCGGGCGUUCUCCUUCAUAAGACCCAUCAUCCAAGGUUCAAUCGACGUAGACGAGCAACUGUCCGUUUCGGACUUGUCGAAAGUAAUAGACAUCUGCGUCCGUGCCUUUGAACCAGCACAGACAGAGUCUCGUGAGGCUGUCCUUGCGAAACUUAAAGACGAGUGUUUCGCUACUCAAGUGUAUGAGAAUUCCCAGUAUCUUUGCAUCGGAAAUGUCGGGGAGAACGUACUAUCUGACGAUGAGAAACGCGUAUUGGCAUAUAUCAAUGCUCGUGAAGUUUUAGGGGCAAGGGAUAGGGCUCUGACGAUGAAUGCAUUUGUGACAGAUGUCAUUGGCGGGCGAAGGCCUCGUCUGAAGCAAGGGGAACUCGGGCUAGAAAUUGCAACUAACAGGAUGUCAUAGGUGCAACAUUUUCUUCUAAGCGAAUUUCCCACCGCGUCGUUCCUGUGAUCAUUUUCUUCACAGUCAAAUGUGCGGCGCAUCUUCCCAAGUCUCUGAAUGUAGGUAAAUUUUGUCCCACGUCUACUUGAUAUCCA